CACGUUUAGUGCCAAACUGUCAAUCGUGUAGUGCGGUCAUGUGGUGCGGAGCUGUUUCGUGCGCUCUCCAAUUGUUUUUUUGAGUAGUUUGUUUAAAGUUGAAAACAGCAGCAGAGCCGCAGCAGCCGCAGCAGUUGUCGCCGCUGUAGCUGAAGAAAGCAAAAGUCCAACUACUUCUUUUUUUUUUUUUUUUUGCUUUUUUUUGGCAACAAUAACAACAACAUCAACAGCGAAACAAGAAAGAAAUAACCUACAAAGUGUGCGAAUCUAAACCCGAGAACUCGAAUGCUCUAACCCGCUCCUGUAAAUAUAUUCGUAAUAACAAAUGAAAUUAUUGACACUUGUGUAUUUUUCGAAUUCAAAUCUAUUGCCAUCAUCUGUGCAUAAAGUUCGCCGUUAGAUUGUAAGUGUAUGUGUGUUUGUGUGAGAGUGUGAGUUUUUUGUUUUUGUUUUUGUUGCUGUUUCGCGAGUGAGCAGUUCUUAACAAAUCGGAGCGUAAACCAGCCAGAAGAUAGCGGCCGAUAGAGCGAGCGAGAGAGUGAGCAAGUGAGGAUCCCAACUCAAGAAGGAGAAGCAGCAGCAGCAGCAGCAGCAGCAGCAGAAGAUGAAUUGCUGUAAAAUGCGAUGCCAACGACGACAACAGCAGCAACAGCAACAAAGAGCAGCAGCUACUUGUAACUAAAGUGACAUGAGGCCUUAACAACAACAACAACAACAACAACAACAACAGCAACAGCAGGAGCAGGAGCAGCAGCAUCAGCAGGAGCAGCAACCGCAACAACAACAACAACCAGACGCAACUGUAGAGCACUAAAAAACCCAAAUUGCAAACAAUUAAAAAAAAAAAAAAUAAUAAUAAUAAAACAAAAACAAAACAAGCACAACGAAGGAUAGAUAGCAAGCAGCACCGGCCCGGCUCGAAACCAAAAAAGGCAACAUACGUACGAGACACGCCCAUGCCACACAGUCAACGGUAAUAGCCAAACAACAACAACAACAGCAACAACAAUGCCAGCAACUUUUAUAGUCAACUAAAAACUGAACAGCAGCUGAACAGAACAAACAACACACAAGCAAACAUAGCAUACACGUUGCGCUGCCACGCCCCCUGCCCUAAACACACCAAGCGCGUGGCUGCGUCUCCAUCUUCUGAAGCGACAAACGGAACACAAAGCGGCGAUAACAACAAAAAAUAUAUAUAUAAAUAAUAAAAACAAAACAAAAAGCAAAAGCAAAAGCAACAAAAAAGUGCGCAUUGUUUUUCUUAUUGUCAUUCAACGGCCGCAACACCCAACUGUCUCUCUCCCUCUCUCUAUCUCUGUCUCUCUCUCUCUGUGUGUGUGUGUGUGUGUGGCAGUGGUGUCAACCGUGUUGCUGUUGUUGUUGUCAGCCAUCCAACGCCUUUGGGCACUCAAUUAAGCCCAAUUCAAGGCAGACGCCACAAAACACACGCAAGUUGAAAGCGACAGCUUCCCACGCCCACGUCCACGCCCACGCCCACACCGGAGUCCACGCUAACGCCUAAGCCCACCAACACGCCCACACCCACAUUGACGCCCAGCAACAGCAACAACAGCAGCAGCAGCUAAGCAGCCUAACUUUGUGUCAGAAGGCGGUGCAGGUGGACGACGCCCGUUGGUGCACAGUGGUGCACAGUGGUGCAAGGUGGUGCACGGUGGUGCUUACGGCCAUUGCCAAUUGAGUUAAUGUGACAAUGAAACUGAGCGUCAGCGCGUAUCGGGCGCAUGCAUCCGCACACAAGAAGAUCCUCUCCAGCGGCUAUCACUCGCAGCUCAAUUACGGCAGCACUGGAGCCGCCGCAGCAUCCUCCUCCUCAUCGUCGGCAGCAGCGGCGGCCACUGCAACGGGCCUCUAUACGAUGGAGACGCACGAGCAUGGCGGCAAGUUUGCAAAGGAUAUGGCCAGAUUCGAUUGCAAUAGCGACACGGACGUCAUCAGUCCCACGGGCACGAGCAGCUCCGGCGGAGGAGGCGGCGGAGGCGGUGGUGGUGGCGGUGGCGGUGGCAGUAGCAGCAAUGCCCCAGCGGAUGGCACCCAUCACAAGCGCCAUCACAAGAGCAGCGGCAGCGCAGCAGCAGCGGCAGCAGCAGCUGCUGCCAAAUUGGCUAACGAUGAUGACAAUAACAGUGCGGCGCACUCAUCGGAUAGCAAGAGUCCCAGUCAGCGGAAAUCGCGUAUCGGAGAUGGAGCUUCAGAUCCAGAUUCCGAUUGGACACGCUCAAAUCAGCGCUGGAUGAAACUCCGCACCACCGUACAAAUCUCAUCGGCCAUACAGAAGAAACCACCGCUCAAGCGCGAAGACUCAUUCCUGAAGCGUUUCUCAACUAGACAGAUACCCGAAACACAGGAAACUGUUGAAGACACGGGUUCAGAAAGUGCCUCUGGUGACGUCGACAAAACGGUGAAGCGUCGACGACGUUAUCUGCAGAAACGACGCUCCGUUGUUAAUCCAGAUGAAAAUUUUUACUUCUAUUGGUUAAUGAUGUUAACUAUAUGUGUUCUCUAUAAUCUAUGGACCCUAAUUGUGAGGCAGAGCUUUCCUGAACUGCAGCAAUCUGUGCCUACCUUCUGGCUCAUCUGCGAUUCACUGACAGAUGUUGUAUUUAUCUUAGAUAUAAUAGUUCAAUUACGUACUGGCUAUCUGGAGCAGGGCCUAAUGGUAUAUGAUGACAGGAAACUGGCCUGCCACUAUGUGCACUCGCGUGAGUUCAUCUUCGAUAUGAUUGCGCUGAUACCCUUGGAUCUGCUACAGUUGAAGAUGGGCACGCAUCCGCUUUUGCGUUUUACGCGCUUUUUUAAAGUAUAUCGAUCUGUGAGAUUUUAUUACAUCGUAGAGAGUAGAACAGUUUGGCCAAAUUUAUGGCGCGUUGUUAAUCUAAUUCAUAUCCUAUUAAUAUUGGCCCAUUGGUUCGGUUGUUUCUAUUUUUUGCUCUCCGAAGCGGAAGGCUUUCAGGGCGAUUGGGUCUAUCCGUAUAGGCCAGGUGACUAUGCGACGCUGACCCGCAAGUAUUUGGGCAGCCUGUAUUGGUCCACCCUAACGCUAACUACCAUCGGCGAUUUGCCCACCCCUGAGACGAAUGCAGAACCGAACUUUUCGGUGGACGGCCCUCGAUCAAUACCAAGGCGUGGCAUCAAAUCACGACUACUACAGUUUGGCUCUAGCUAUGGGUAUAUUUUUACGAUCGUUAGUUACCUGAUUGGCGUUUUUAUCUUUGCAACUAUUGUGGGCCAAGUGGGUAAUGUGAUAACGAAUCGUAAUGCCAAUCGGCUAGAGUUCGAGCGUUUACUUGAUGGGGCCAAGACCUAUAUGAGGCAUCACAAGGUGCCGGGCGGAAUGAAGCGGAGAGUGCUGCGGUGGUAUGACUAUAGCUGGUCGCGGGGUCGCAUACAGGGUGGGGGUGAUAUAAAUACGGCGUUGGGCCUGCUGCCCGAUAAGCUGAAAACCGAAUUGGCCUUACACGUCAACCUGAGCGUACUGAAGAAGGUGACCAUAUUCCAAGAGUGCCAGCCGGAGUUUCUGCACGAUCUGGUGCUGAAAAUGAAGGCGUACAUCUUUACGCCGGGUGAUUCGAUCUGUCGCAAGGGCGAGGUGGCUCGCGAGAUGUUCAUCAUAGCCGAUGGCAUCUUGGAGGUGCUCAGUGAAACGGGCAAGGUGCUGACCACCAUGAAGGCGGGCGAUUUCUUCGGUGAGAUCGGCAUACUGAAUCUGGAUGGGCUGAACAAGCGCACAGCGGAUGUCCGCUCAGUGGGCUACUCGGAGCUAUUCUCGCUGUCGCGCGAAGACGUGCUCGCCGCCAUGAAGGACUAUCCGGAUGCACAGGAGAUCCUGCAGACGCUCGGACGCAAACGCCUCAUGGAGGUGCGCUGCGUGAACAAGAAAUACGCCAAGGCCCAAAGCGACAAGGAGGCCGCCGCCUAUGCCGCGGCCCAUCCGCAUCACCCGCAUCCGCACGCGCAUCACCAUCAGGUGCAUCAGAGCGACAGCAGCGAGAACAGUGCCUCGAAGAAGAUCGUGGACAAGCUGAAGCACGAUGUCAAAGGCUUUCGCAAUGUGCUGAAAAAGUCCAGAACAUCCCGUAAGAGCGACGAGUCGCUGGAAAUGCAACCGCUGCACAAUACCUCACCACGCGGCAGUAAGAUCAUGCUGAAGCGCAUGUCGCGCGUUCGCUCCGACGAUAAGGACGCGGACAGCGCCGAGGCCAAGGACGAGCUGCACGACAAGACGCCCAGUCCCAUUGGGGCGGGGCUGCCGCUGCUGCAGCGGCUGCGCCUGCUCAAAGAGAAGCAGGAUCGCGAAGAGCGAGCUGUUAAGUCCACACCACCACAGAAAUCUCCACCUCACUCACAUGUAACGUGUACGUUAUCGCCGCAGGAAUCGAUACAGGAAGAGCCCGAACGCGAGUUCAACGAAGGCUUUCCGCUGAUCCAGCGAUUGCAGCAGUUGAAAAUUAAAAAUGAGCCACAAUCGGGCGCUGGCAGCGAGACCCAACUCGUCAUGGUCAACACGCCGCCCAACAUCAGCAGCAAGGUGGACUUUGCGACGGCAACGGGUGUGGGCGGUGUUGGUGGGGCAGCGAGUGGUGCUGCGGGUGCUAGCCAAAGUCUGACCGUUGCCCAAAUCAAGCCCAUUAUGAAAGUCUCCUUCAAGCAGAAGAUACAACAGUUGCAGGGCGUGGUGCCGGCCAUACCAAGUGGUGCCGGCCAUAGCAGCACCACAAGCGCGUCCGGGACCACCAGCACCACCGGUGCCAUAGCCAAAAAGGAGCCACCCAAAUCGCUGGCCGUGGUGGCCAAGCAUGGCGGCCCAGCGCUGCCAGCGUUGCCAGCGAUGCCUACGUUGCCAGCGCUGCCAAUGGAGCCAACUAUUGUGGGUGGUGCAGUUGGGCAGAGCUUGGCCGCCACCGCCAGCUUGUCGAAGAAGCCGCUGAGGCCGUUCACACCACAGCAAUCGGACACGGACACUGAUGGCACGCCAAUCAAGCCCUGGUCCAAGCUGAAGCUGGCCACGCUCAUGUCGUCGAGCUACACGAGCUUAAACAACUGCUCACCGGACGAUCUGGCAACGCCGCUGAAGAACUACUCGCUGAGCAAUAUACCACAGCAAAUGGAGAGCACCACAAACGCUCGACCACGCCACCACAGUGCCCGCAGCUCCCGCCACAGCCAUGGCCAUGGACAUGGUCAUGGACACGGGCAUGGGCAUGGGCGUGGCCAUGGCUCCACCUCGAGCACCUGCUCCUCGAGCACGCGCAGCACGCUGACCACGGCGCGCGACUGCCUGCGCCUGCAGAAGCCGGAACAGAAGCUGCCCGAGGGCGAGGCCACGACGGGCGGCCGUAAACUAUAUCAGAGCGUGUUCGACCUGUCGCCGGAGUAUUGUGGACUGCCGUUCGUGAAGCGGCUGAAGAUAUUGAAUGAGCGCCAGAAGCUGGCCGAGCUGGAGAAGGCGCUGCAGACGCGCAGCUUCAGCCUGGACUGCUCGAAGUCGAGCAGCGGCAACAACAACGAGGCGCCAAUUACGGAGUCACUGUACCGCUGCUAUAGCGACACCUCCGGGAUCUACUCUCAGUUUCUGAGCACCUACGAGUCGGCCACCACCACCAGCAGCUCCACGUCCACAUCCAUUUCGACCAACACAUCCACAUCGGACGGCAACUCGAAGCAGCAACUGAAGCAGCUGGAUUACAUGCCCCUCAGCCCCGAGUCGAACGAGACGGUGGAGCGGCGCAAGCUGAAGAGUAUACUGAAGAAGAUGCAGCAGGGUGCUGCUGCUGACGAUGGUAGUGGUGGUGGUGGUGGUGGUGGUGUUGUUGGUGUCGGUGGUACUGCCGAUGGUGAUGCCCAAGACGAGGCGAAUGCCAAGACCAAGACCAAGGCCAAGGCCAAGGCCAAAACCAGUGCACUGUCGAGGGGGCUGUUAAUGGAGCCGACCUUGGAAGGGUACGUGGCCAGGCACAGUAAGCUCUUGAAGAGUGUAACCUUCCAUUCAACUCUUUCUAGCCCGCCCUCCAGUGCCACAGAGGAGGGGCACUUCGUGGCAAUCGGCGGUGGUGGUGCUGCGGCUGCUGUUUGCCUCAACAACAACAACAACAACAGCAGCAGCAAAAGCAACAGCACGCUAUACGGUUCCGGUUCGAGUACGGGUAUAAGUACGGUUACGGGUACGGGUACGGGCUCGGUUACUGUCAUCGGUUCGGGCAACGGCAACGACAGUGUGGCAACGUCACGAACAAUGCUGCCAGAUCAGGCCGUCUGGUCGCCGACGUUGGCAUUGGUAACGCCAACGAAUUCGCCGCAAGAGUAUUUCGCCGCAUUUGAGCCGCAGCUGAUGGGCGGCAACGGCGUCAUCGCUGGCGUUGGCAACGGCUCAACGUCAAUCGCUUCCGCUUCCGCUUCGGCAACCGCAACCGCAUCCGCAUCCGCAUCCGCAUCCGCAUCGUAUGUGGUCGAAUGCUCGUCGAAUACCGAAUUUCAUGCACAAUCCACAACAUCCACAGAUUUGAAUUUGAAUUUGCAGCUCCGGCAGAACACGACCAAUGCGAGCGGCCAGGCGGGUCAGUUGCCCAAACUGGAAGGCUUUCCAGAGGCGCAGGACUACUUCAAUCAGAUACUGAGCGGCAUCAAUCACGUGAUCAAGACGCACAUGAACGAAAUGCACUCGAAGUUCGAGUCGCAGUUCUCGAAUAUGGCCGGCGAGGUGAGACGGCGCGACGCCAUCAUCGCCCAGCUGCAGCUGAAGCUGCGCUCCAUCGAACAGAAACCAGCGAUGCCAUCGACAACGCGCCGCAUCAAGCGGGAGAAGCUGCCCCAGCUAUCCGUCGACGACGACGAGCCGGCCGAGCAGGAUAACAGCAGUUCGGGCUCCUCGGCCGAGUUGCUCUUUAUGCGCGGCGACUCGCUGGACACUGUGUUCACCUCCUCGCCGCCCAUCCAGGGCCGACGCAGCAUAUCGCCUGGCCCCAGUCGGUAUCAUGCGGCCUCGGCGAAUGCGCUCAACUGCCCGAGCAGCUACUACAGCGGGCCGGGCACCUUGGCAACGCGGCACGCGCAGAGCCAUCCCAGCUUCUAUGCGCCGCACAGCAGUAGGGGCGGGGCCGCUCUGCCCGGCUAUCGGGACUGGCAUGAGCAGGGCCUGGGGAUGGGCAGCAGCAUGGGCGGCGGCCUGACAGCCGAUAGCAGCAGCAGCAGCAGCAACGCGGCGGCCAUGAUGAUCUCCGAUGUGACGGGCAAUCUGACUCGACUCUCGGACAGCGUCAUUCUGGAUAUUGGCGAGAGCUCCAGUUCGAGUUCAUCGUCCAGCAAGGUGAACGUCGAUGUGGACGACGACGACGACGAGGAAGACGAUGAUGAGGCCGAGGAUGAGCUGAGCGGCGCGGCACUCGUGGCGGCCACAGGCAGCAGCAACAACGACUGGGAGGUGCAAAUGCUGGCCGCCGAAAUGGAGAGGCAGGAGCGUAAGCGCGGCCACUCACUGUCCGACAACCUGGGCGAGCUGCGGCACUGCAGCACGUUCCUGCGCAGACGCCGCAAGUUCAGCGACACCGAGACCGAGUGCAGCGAAACGGACGCCGAUGAGCGUCUAGCAGCCGGCAUUGGAGCCAGCGCAAGUGGCAGCGCCGCUGGCCAGGCGAGUGCAGCUGUGGAGGCGGAUGCCACAGCCAGUGGCAGCAAUCGACCGCGCGCCUCCAGCCUGGAUCAGUUCAACCUGCGCUAUGGGAUCGGGCGUGGCAUCUUUAAAGCAAUGAGCAUCGAUCGGGACAAAGACAAGCUUUGAGAACUAUAAUCACAGGAGGACCACGCCAGCACGGACAGACACGACUAACCAUCGGACAGCAUUACGGAAGGUGCAACAAAUACACGACAGUACAUUAUAUGAUUACCCCUAAAACCAUUCACUAGAGCAAGAAACCCACGAAAAGGAGAUGAGAGUAAUGAAAAUGAGCACUCCAUACAAAUUAGUAAUUGAGAUAAGAGUAAAGAAGAAGAAGAAGAAGACAAGAAACCAAAUUGAGUGGCCCAUCUACCAGAAAGUCCAGAAACCUAGUUUAACUAUUCAUUUAUUCGCAAUUGUUCAACAUUCUCCAUGUAUACAGUAUACUCCAGUCAUCGUUAUCGCUAUCACCCUUUAUGUUAUCGAUUUAGUUGUCUAUAGCCGUUGCUAUAUUCGACUUACAAAUAUCACUUGCCUUGCUGUCAUUCAAGGCUCUUAUUGAUUGUCUAUCAAUAUCGAUAACUUUGUCAUCUUCAUAUUGUAAUUGCCAACUAUGCUGUUAUCGUUAUCGUUAACUUCCGCCAAAGGCAAACAAAGGUUUAACUAUCAUACUAUAUUCUGCUCUUCCACUUCCCAUGUUAUCGAAAUCGAUAUCAUUAAGGUCAUCUCAUCAUUAUAUUUUUCAUUGUCAGCUUCUUUAUACAUUUUUUUUUUGCACUUCCUUAAGUCAUCUAAAUCAUAAACAUAUCUGCAUUCAGCUCUCUUGAUAUCGUUAUCGUUUUGCUUAAGAUUUGAUACAUCGGCCAUCUGCGAGUACCUAGAUAUAAUACCGUCCUAUAUAUAGCGUCCAUGCCAUUGGCGCCCAUUAUAUGAUUUGUAUGAGUAUUUCAAAUGUGUGAUGAGUAUAAAGUUCAGAUCCAUUCAUCUUUGCCUUGGGUCCUGGACGUAUCCCGGUGGAUGGGCUGCGCCUCAAUAGAAAUGGCUAAUGGAAAUACCAAAAUGUAUAUACCUCUUAUCCUAUUAGGUAUUAGUAGUUAUAUAUAUAUACACAGACACAAACACAAAUCUAUAGAUACAUCUAUGUAUAUAUAUAUGGUAUAUACAUAUAUGAAUACAAAUAUUUAUAUAUGAUAUGAUAUGAAAUAGUGUAACGAAAACCGAAAGCUUUAAUAACUUAUAUAGAGAACUAUUUAAGAAACAUUUUAAAUACUAAUCAAUUCAAGGAACAACAGCAACAAGCGAAGAUACCAAAUUCUGAACACCACACAGCAACCGAGAGUAAAUAAGAUAGACACACACACAAAUAUAUGUAUAUAAAUAGAUAUAUAGAUAUUUAGUAUAUAUAUAUAUAUAAAGUUAUAUAAUAUACAAAUACUUAUAUAUAGAGCCAUUAGAAUAUACAUACAUACAUAUACAUAUAUAUACUAUUAGCACAUGGAUAAUAAGUUGGAAGUUAUGAUUAUUAUUAUUAUUAUUAUUAGAUCUGUCUAAGCGUUAGUCUACCUAUUACCAGACCUACCUACACUAUAGCAAUCUAGCCUAGAGUCCAAUGGAAUACAGCAAUAAUCGAUACUACUCCUAACUCAUCUCACAUCUAGUCUAGUCUAGGCGAUACAUUCGUUGGCUUUAUAGUUUUCGUUUUGGAGCACCUUCUCCUUAAAGCUCGCUGGGUACACUUAAGCUUUUAUAAAACGCCAAUUUCCUCUACGUUAAUGCGGGCUUUUCAAAAAAGUCUCUUAGUUUAGUCUCUAGCAAAUGCACAAACAACAACACUUAAGCUUAGCUCCUAACUAAAUAGAAGCUCCUCCAAUCUAAUGUUUCAUCUAUAAGCUAAGCGCCAUUUUAUUGUAACACUUUAAACAAAAACUUAACCUAAUGGAAAAACGAAAAAAUAAAUAGUUAACUUCAAGAAGCGCAAACUCAACAAGGAACUAAAACAAAAAACUAAUUGUUAUAUUGUGUUAUGAAACAAGAAAAAAAAAAAAGAAAAAAAAAUGGAAAAAAAAACAAAGAACAAACUGUUUUUAAUCGAAAGAUUUUAAGAGAAGAACUUGUUACUUUAAGCUAGAAGUGAAAUACCUUUUAACACUGUUAGAGACCGUCCCCACACCGCCUUGAACAGUGUACCAAAGCUGCAAAAUUAUCGAUAGCACUGCUGAUAUCGUUCAAGAUUAAUAAUAUUUUGGUUUACGCAGAAAUGGUCAAGGCAGGACGUAACCGAGCCUACCUAAUUGGUUUUUAGUCUACUUAUCGAUAUAUUUAUCGAUCGUUUUGGCAACUCUACGCUCGACCGCACGCUCCGCCCUAGCCGAACAGUUGUUAUUUGUAGUCAAAUGUGGCGAUUAAUCGAAGGCCUAGCCACGCCCACUAUAGAGAGUUUCGUAGCGCCUAGAAAGCAAACGUUCUUAAUCGUUAAGCGUUAUCGAUAAACCAAAAAUAACAGAGCAAGCUAACAUAACUAUUCGCAUUGUGUAUGUAGCGCACGACGAAAAAAACAAAAAACAA